GAAUAGAGGACCGAAAAUGUGUAUAAAUUAUAGUAGAUUAUAUGCACCAACCUCUUCAUAAAUGGCUUCUUCCACCUUGGUUCUGGUUUUCAUCUGUUUGUGCUUUGUUGUGUCAUCAUCUGUAGCCACAACAUCACCUCGUCCUAUUCUCCAAGUCACCAAAGAUGCAACAACCCUUCAAUAUGUCACCCAAGUCUCUCAAAGAACACCUUUCGUCCCUGUCAAACUCACCCUAGAUCUUGGCGGCCCAUACAUGUGGGUUAACUGUGAGCGAGGCUACACCUCCACCACCUACACUCCGGCCCUUUGCGGCUCCGCUCCAUGCCGACUACUCAACACCACUUCAUGCACCACUGGAACCACAUGCAACCCUCCAGUCCCCGACUGCUUCAACAACACUUGCGGCCACGGUCCUGAGAACCCCAUCGCUAACACCGGCACUAGCGGCCAGCUGGGUGCGGACGUCUUUAAGAUACAGGCUUCCAACGGGAGGAACCUUGUAUCCCCACUCACCGUCCCUCGUCUAUAUUUUAUUUGUGGUAACAACUUCGUUAACGAUGGUCUUGCUAGCGGGGUUACCGGCAUGGCUGGUCUUGGAAGGACAGGAGCCUCACUACCUGCUCAGCUGUCUACAUAUUUUCGAUUCGAUCCGAAAUUUGCUCUAUGCUUGUCAAGAUCUAGUGGCGCAGUCUUCUUCGGAGAUGGACCUUAUACUUUGCUUCCAAAUGUUGAUGCGUCAUCCUCCCUUGCCUACACCCCGCUCAUCGUAAACCCUGUUACCGAGAGCGGGUUUUUGGGUGACGCAUCGCCCAAGUACUUCAUCGGUGUGAAGUCGAUAAAAGUUCAGGACAAACGAGUGGGUGGGUUCAAUCAGAGUUUGUUGACCAUCGAUGGUGAAGGUAGGGGUGGGACAUCCAUCAGCUCCGCUGCUCCUUACACUGUCCUGGAAACAACAAUCUACAAAGCUCUAGUGGCAGCUUUUGUGAAAGCAAUGCCCAAGAACGUCCAGAAGGUUGCAAAUGUUGCGCCCUUUGGAGCAUGUUUUAACUCCAACAACAUCGGUAGCACCCGUCUGGGUCCCGCGGUACCUUCUAUCGACUUUGAACUGCAAAGCAAGAAUGUGUGGAGGAUCAACGGGGCCAAUUCCAUGGUUGCGGUGAACAACAACGUUUUGUGCUUGGGAUUUGUGGAAGCACGGACAGAUUUUGCACCUGUGAUUCCAGUGAUUAUUGGAGGUCAUCAAAUUGAGGAUAAUCUUUUGCAGUUUGAUCUUUCUAGAUCAAGGCUUGGAUUCAGCUCGUCCCUUCUUGGACGAUCAACCACGUGUGCCAACUUUAACUUUACGUCACUUUAAUAAAUGUUAUGACUUCAAUCAUGGCACAAACUUGGGUUACCUUGAAUAAAUAAAUAUACUAUUUAUAGUCGUUGUAUGAAUU